ACGUCCGCUUUUCUAGCAGUGAGCUUGGGCUGCCUGUGUUUGAGGAAGUCCUCUCCAAAAGAGUGGCGGAAGAGGAAGUGAAAAAAAAGCCCACGUGCAGACCCCACGCGAAGUGCGUAAUCGCGCGUGAUAUUUUCCAACUUAUCUCCGACCCGCGAGGCGCCAUUGCUACUUAAGCGAGCUGCCGAUGGAAUGACUAUCCUCCGCUGACUGGAAUCAUGAGCGGUGAAAAGUUGGUAAAAGAUUUGAGUUACGAAGCGCAUUUUCAAAUUUACAAGCUUCUGCUACCGCCAGCACUUGGAAGAGAUUGGAAGACUUUGGCUGACAAGAUGGGUUACUCGCAGGAAACGAUCCUGUACUACGAAUGUUUGAAUAAUCCUGUGAAAGAGUUGAUUUCUGAUUACGAGAGCAAGGGAAAGCCCAUCUCAGAGUUGUUGACGUUUUUGGAAGAAAUGGAGAGGUUCGAUUUGAAAACAGACCUUGAAAAAUACGUUGAGGAGACACCUACUCCAGAAGAGCGAGAGGAAAAAAUAAGGUUGGAAUUGGAGAUGAAGCAAGGACAAGCUGAAAAACCCAAAACCAUGUCUGACAGAUACGAUGUAUUUAUCGCAUAUGCCCAACCUGACAGACCAUUUGCUGAUGAACUGGUCAAGAAACUGGAGGCACCACCUUAUAAUUUAAAAGUUUGUAUUGAUUACCGGGAUUUUUUGUGUGGCAAUGAUCCUAUGGAAACUGCAGCCGAGGCCAUCGAGAAAUACUGUAGAAAAGUCUUGCUUAUCUUGUCAGAGAACUUUAACAGAUGUGAAAAAGCUGAUUUCCAGGCCAAUGUUGCACUAAGCUUGUCAGCAGAUGUCAGGCACACCAAUCUGAUACCAAUUGUGUACAAACCUUGUAAAAUACCAACAACUUUACAGUUCAUCACACACUUGGACUACACAAAGAAAGAAGCAAGACAGCAUUUCUGGAAUUUGUUGACCAUGUCACUUGGUUGUAGCAAUGGAUGUGCAAACAACAGGGAAAUUUGAUGAGUCAAUUGUCUUAUGAAACUGUAAUUACUGGCUUUUCUCUUCACCUUAUAUCAGUUAUUACUCUUAAGACUGCCAAGCCCACAAGAGGAAAACUACUUGGUGGCAACAUCAGGAGUUAAUAAUAAAAAUUUGAGACAAUGUAUUUUAUCUUAUCUAGCUUAAUAAAAGUGCAGAUAGUUUUAUAGUAUGAUAUCUUAGCAAUUUGUUACUUAGCUGAUGUUAUUUGUAAAUAACUUCACAAUAAUUGUGAAGGGAUUGCCCAACGGUCAGUUGUAGUUAACUACUAAUGAUAAGUUUACCAUGCAACUAAACCUGCCAAGUUUCUUUGAGUCAAAAUGAUUUGGUUCUAUCAAUUGAGUUGAUAAUCAGUUGCUUUGACAAUGGGCAAGCGUUCAAAACAUCAGCUUGGGAAACUCUUUUCAGAGGCUGUUACAUACUUACCCCCUUUAUUGAGCUCAACCAAUUGAGCUAACCACCUCGCGGUUAGCUCAAUUUGUUGAGCACCGAACUGUUUUGCGGGAGGUUGAGGGUUCGAGCCCCACCAGACCAACACUCAAGGUCCUAAAAUAACUGAGGAGAAUGUGCUACCUU